UGAGGCGGUGAUGCUUUCUGCAGCCCACUGACGGAGCUCUGACACCACUGAUGGAUGCAUGCGUGUUGGCAAUGGUGUUUUAAUGUGAAAUAACAACGGGGAUAAAUGGAGAGGACGGAACCUGCAGUGUAAACGCCAAAGACCUAACAUAAAGUUGCAUUUAUCCGACGUGCUGCCAAAAGCUAGCACCAAAGACUGCUAGCUCCUCGUUAAGCUAGCCAGUAGGUAAGGUUAGCCGGGUGGCUAGUGCUAGCUUGCACGUCUAUUUUUAGUGAAGCUCUUUGCCAUUAGUGGGGAAAUCCAUUGGCAAUUAGUUUUGUCAACUAAAUCCGCCAGGGUUUUGUGUUUCCUUUGAUCUCGCAGCGUUAGUUGUCUGUUCCAAAAUGUCUACUAUUUCGUUGGAUAAAGAGUUACAGGAGCGACUGAGAGAGGCGUCUGCCAUCGGGGACAUCGACGAAGUGCGGACACUGGUGGAGAGUGGAGUGAAUGUUAACUCACAGAAUGAAAUAAAUGGCUGGACAUGUCUGCACUGGGCAUGCAAGAGGAACCAUAAGCACAUAGUGUCCUACUUACUCAGUUAUGGGGCAGACCAGGAAAUCCUCACGGCUAAAGAUGAGUUGGCCUCGCAACUUACAUCUAAACCAGAGAUCAAGCGACUUUUAGGAGUUGAAGUGGAGGAGGAGCCGGAGGUCAAGGAGUCUGAGCUGCCAAUCAUCCCAAAUUACCUGUCUAGCCCGGCCUUCAUGUUUCCAAAGCUUGACAACAAGUCAGAGAUCCUCCUGGCACAGCACCUUGGACAGAACGGUUCAGCAGAAGACACCGAGGACAUGCACAGCGAAUCAUCAUCCCUUUCCCCAACUCCGGUGCUUGACCAAACCCAGCUAUUAGAUGGGCCCAGUCCUCCACCAAUCCCCACCAACCACAACCAAGCCCUGCCUGAGGAGUUCCUACCUGUGACUGGGGAGUUCAUACCUGUGACUGAGCAGAAUGGCAUUCCACCCAACUCGGCCUCGUCCCACAGCCCUACAACAAAUGUAGUAAACUGCACAGUGCCCAUGGACCUGUCAGUUGAGCCGCACCUGGUUAACCAUGCAGAGUACCCACACGCACUGGCACACAAUGGCACCAUGUGCUCUCCUCCUUUGGCCUCCCCCAGCCCCAGCCUGGCCAGCAGCAGUGGGAGCCAGGUCCAGGCCCCGGUGCCCGGCUCUAACCCCUCUAUGAGCAGACAGCAGUCCAUCUCUCAGCAGCUCAACCACAGCCAGGCCGGUGGGCCCAUGCCAGCCUUCCAGCCGUUCUUCUUCACCAGCACCUUCCCUGUCGACGUGCAAGAGCUGGUGCUGAAGGUGCGUAUCCAGAACCCCAACACUCGGGAGAACGACUUCAUCGAGGUAGAGCUGGACCGCCAGGAGCUCACCUACCGUUCCCUUCUGAGGGUCUGUUGUCGCGAGUUGGACAUCGGCAUGGAACAUGUGGAGAAGAUCCGAAAGCUGCCCAACACCAUGUUGAGAAAGGACAAAGACGUAGCUCGGCUGCAGGACUUUCAGGAGCUGGAGGUUGUGUUGGAGAAAUCCGAGGGCUUGUCUCUGUUCUCUGGUGGGAGCCUGACAGACCGGCCCUGCUACAACAUGAAGGCCUCCCGCCUCACCUACUAGAGCCACACAAAGCUAACGCUGGGCUUCUGUAGCUACCCUCAAGCAACCUUUACUAGUUGCCCGCCCAAGUUGCUUGUUACAGCUCUCCCGGCUUUGAUGUUGCGCCAAUUUAAUAACUGGGAUUUGUUUUUUCAAGUUCCGUAGCUACUGUCCUCCUCUUGUCCUCCUCGGACCCUCCUGCCGCUUUAGUGUACCCAGCCAGUUGUAAGCAAUUACUGAUGCAUGGUGUCCUAGAUUAUGAGCGAAAGUAUUUGGGCCCCCCCUUCCUCCUUUCUUUAUCGCCUCCCACUGCACUUUGUGCCAAGGCUCCAGUGGGACUACAGAGGGAGACAUUGGCCUGUCUUCCUUAAAGACUGGACUUGAACUGGACUCAGUUAUAGCCUUAUUGGACACAUCCCUGGCUGUGUUCUACGGUCAUGUGUGGACUAAGAUAAAACAAAGGAUUUGCAUUACUCUUACCAAUCCAUUCAUCAUCAGUCCACAGAAUGGGACACGCUGCACACAGAGACUUGAAGUUCUCAGAAAUGACAAUAGAGGGGUAUCGGAUGUUUUAGCUGGCGUACACACUUUCAUACAUGCUGUAGGCAUAAACCUUAGUGUCUUUCCUGCAGAGGGCAUCGAUUACUGGCCUGAUUCCUAAAGUGGAGGUAAUCUCACACCAGGCGAGACAACGAUAUCUCCGGACUAAAAGUACUUCUAUUUGCGGAGCACACAUUCAAUAUGCUUUAAUCUAAACGAACAAAGGUAUGGACACAUCUGAGUUUCCCUACAUACAUUUAAACCAUUUAGGCAUACAGUGUGGAAAGAGAAAGAAUCAGUUUCAAAUGCUGUGUCUUUUCAUGCGGGAAAGAAACUGAUAUCUUGGAGAUAAAUGUGCGGCAACUAAUUCUCAUUUUAUUUUGUACAGUCAGUAGCACUUCUGCUUUGAACGGGACAGUCAGGUUAGGCUCAGUCAGCAUAACAUUUACACUGUCAACUGUGAAGUAUUUAUUUCAAAAACUUUUAAUUAUAUUGAUUCUUACUGAUGAAGCGAGACCAUGCGCUUUAGAGUAGCGAGGCUUGAGUCCCGGUAAAUGUUGCGUUUGAGGCUUCACUUAUAGUAUGUUCAUUUCAGUUGCUUGUCCUUUUUGUUUUAACUGUGAUUAGAAUUAAAACCAAAAACUAAUCUAGCCAGCAAAGAUACUAAAUGUAGAUUCAACUGUUGCUGCUUCAGAUCAGAAUGCAGCUGUUGUUUUCCCCCAAGGGAAGAAGGAGAGAACAAGAUUUAGAAGUUUGACAUUUGGUUGCUUCCUUUUUCCUCCAGCACUAAUCAACAUUUGUAUUGAUGCCAUCAGUCACAUCUUAUUUAUAAGGUAACUAUAUUUCCUUAAUAUAUCAUAAAAUAUGUAUGGCUUUAGGGCGGUAGUCGAGGCCAGCAUAGUGCUAAUAUAUCGUUUCUUUUAUUAAAGGACAUUUUAAAAGGUAAUGUUUUCUAUUGGGUAGCUAAAUCAGAGGUGUUGCUCUUUUAAUGAAAUGUAUACUGACAAGACGACGUCACUGAAACCCUUGUACUGUACAGUGAGAGUUUAAAAGGUUACGAGGCACAGUCAUGUUGUGUCGGAGUGUGAUGUUUAUGCUGCUUUCAUCAACACUUUAUAUUCCUUUUUAAUUCUAAAUGCUGGGGCUCAUUUAUUUUAAGCAGUGCCGUAGCCGGCCACUACACAUUUAUACAUACAAUCAAAAACCCAGCGGUAAUUGUUUACUGUUCAAAUGUAUACCCGAAGCUCUUACUGUCAUUUGUAUGUUUUAUGAUACAUGUUUAAUUAUUAUUUUUUAACCAGUUAGGCCUGUUGUUUUGUGUCAAGACAUUCUACUAUCGAGCAAGACAUAGUUCAGUAAUGGGCAGUAAAGUGCUGUUGUUGAAGCUAAGUGCAAUGUGGAGGGAUGAGAAUGUGUUUCAAGGAGGUUGCUGUGAGGAGAAAGGACUACCAAGAGUGCUUAUUUUUCUGUUCCUUUCACAUGCUUUAUUUAGUGAAGUUGUGCUUCACGUUAAAGGCAGGAGCUUGGUUGAGAAAGUGGGUCGCUGAAUGGGGAGCAGCAUGUCUGAAGUGGGUUUUUAUAGGAUCUUCUUUGAUUCUGGGGAACUGAAAUAACUUAACAUUGUAUUUGUGAGGUUGCUUAUUGUUCUAGAAAAAGCAGAAUACAUUUUGACCUAACCUAUGCAUUCAGAGUCUGAUAUUUUUAUAUACAGUACGUCCCGUGUACCUAUUGAAACGAUUUUAGGCACUUUUAAACGUGAGUUAUUACGUUCUGGAGGCCUGUAUCUGUUCUUUGAUAAAGCAUGGUGAAUUACUCUCCUUUGUUUCUGCAUAUUGUUUAUCUGACUAAUUGAAGUCAUUCUGAUUGAAUGAGUAUUUCACUUAAUACUCGCUUUAAAUCAAGGGACCAGUUACAUGUUUGGUUUGGCUUUUGUUGCAGGUUAUUGUCUCUUUUUACCUGCAUGUGUGUGUUCUGGAUGUUGAGGUCAACUCCCCAAAAAUCCAUUCAAAUGUAUGUGUUGAAAGAGCCACUAGAGGGAGCAAAAGUGCAAACAUUAA